CGGCAGCCCGCCAAUACAACACUCCUAUCCUUAAUUUUAUCAUUCACAAAAAAUUAUAACCAUGAAAUUGCUGGUGGUAGCUGCUGUUCUCGGAGUCUGCUUAGCAGACCGUCUUGACAACAAAUACCUCCCCCCCAGAGGUAACCAAGGAGCUGGUUACAGUGGUAACAGCGGCAUCGGACAGGGACCUAUUGGCUUCGGCCAAGGAGGUGCUGGUUUCGGCCAAGGAGGCGCUGGUUUCGGCCAAGGAGGUUUUGGACAAAAGGGUGGUUUCGGACAGUCUGGAUUCGGCGGUCAAGCUGGUUUCGGUGGUGCCCCUAGCAACGCUUAUGGCGCUCCCGGUGGCCGAUCCAACUCCGCUGAUGCUUCCGCUCAAAUCCUCAGACUGAACAGUGACGUCACUGCUGACGGAUUCUCCUACGACUUCGAAACCUCCAACGGAAUCAGAGCCGACGCUUCUGGAGUUGCCACCAACGGUGUACAGUCCCAAGGAAGCUUCGCCUACAAGGGUGACGAUGGCCAGGACUACAGCAUCACUUACACCGCUGAUGAGAACGGAUACCAACCCCAGGGUGCUCACCUUCCCACCCCUCCCCCCAUCCCGGAAGCCAUCCUGAAGUCCCUGGAACAGAACGCCCGUGAUGAAGCCGCUGGCAUCAGUGACGAUGGCUCUUACCGCGGUGAAGGCGCUGGAGCCGGUGGUUAUUCUGGCGCUGGUGGUUACUCCGGAGCUGGUGGUUACUCCGGUGCUGGUAACUCUGGCAGCGCUUUUGGCGCUGCUGGUGCAGGUGGCAACGCUUUUAGCGCCGGCCGCGUCGGCGCUGGUAGCGCUUUCGGUCAAAAGGCUUUCGGUGGUGCCGCUUCCCGCCAAUACCUCGCACCCAACGCUGGACCCCGCCCAUCAGGCUCCGGCAACUUCAACUCCCAAACCGGCUACAGAUAUUAACUCAAAUCCGAUGAAUGAUGAACGGGGAUUAAAUAAUGAUAGACCAUUUUUGUUACAUCUACGUUGACGACUCUCUCAUGUUUUCUUAAGCUUUUGUUGAUCAGGUGAUAAAAUUGUUUGUUUUUCCAAAUCUCAUGUUUCAACCAUGCAGUUUUUACUAAGGUGAGGUUGUAAGAUUUGGAUUCAAGAAACAGUUUUAUCACUGGCCAAAGAUAUCACACCGUUUUUUCGAUUUCCUUCGAUGUUUUCUUUUCAUGAUGUUUAAAUUAUUACCAUUAAUCUCUUUUUUACCCUUAAUUCUUAUAUUCCUCUUUCGUCAUUUUAAG